UUAAGAGUUUAAAUAAUUUCUUGGAGAUUGGAGAAAUAAUAUGCCAUGGUAUUACAUAAGCUUUGGCUUCUCUCUCUGGAGGAUUCCCUUCCCGUGAACACUGUCAUAUAAUUUCUUUCAGAUUCUGAGACUCCAGCAGGAUGUCUUAUCAACAGCAGCAGUGCAAGCAGCCCCGCCAGCCACCUCCUGUGUGCCUCACGCCAAAGUGCCCAGAGCCAUGUCCACCCCCGAAGUGCCCUGAGCCCUGCCCACCAUCAAAGUGUCCACAGCCCUGCCCACCUCAGCAGUGCCAGCAGAAAUGUCCUCCUGUGACACCUUCCCCACCCUGCCAGCCAAAGUGUCCACCCAAGAGCAAGUAACAGCUUCAGGAUUCAUCAGGAGCAUGAAAGGAUAAGGAUAAUUGGCUCACCUCGUUCCACAGCUCCACCUGCAUCUUCUCAUCAAAGCCAUCCAGGGAUACACAGGGAGCUUCUUUCCUCUUAGCCUGUGAUCGGCCUGUGAUGAUCUCUGAUAGCAAAAGGUUUUCUUUUUGAGGCUGCCAUACUGCCACUGUCCAGGUGGAGACUGAGCAAAGGAAGUCCUCGGCUGUGCCAGCUCCCAGAGCUUCAGAAGAAAGAGCAGCUCUCUCCCUGGGAACCAUUAGAGAAUUCUGUUGAUGUUUUCUGUGUCUGUCUGUCCCCUGGGCAUGAGCUUCCACCACCUGUGCAGUUGUCACUUUCCUUUCACUCCCUGAAUAAAGAAUCUAUGCAUAUA